CAUUCGAAUGACGACAUAGGGUACUUUGUUUUCGUAGCAGCGCGGGAUAAAUUUGAAGGGACGACAUUAAAAUGGCGGAACAGCAGCAGGAAAAGUCUUCUUACACAAGUUCCAGAAAUGAGAGCCACGGCCAUCAUCAAAACGAGAUGGAGUCAGAAGAGACUUCCACUGGGAUCAAAAGAAUUCUUCAUGAUAAGCCCAACUCUGAACCACCUCACAAGUCUUCUCGUUCAGGGUCACCCUCUAAAGAACUCUUAGCGCCAGGGUUAGACGACGAUUUAGAAGAACCAAAGGUGUCUUUGGCAGAAGAGAUGGUUCCCAAACCCACGGAAGGCUCCGAACUGAGUCCUCGCUCAAGAAGGAAAUCUUGGAGGAGGUCAACACGAGGCAGACAGUCCAUGCCCUUGUUUUCAGGGGCUGUUCAAAAUUUACACAAGUCUAUCAGUCUGUCCUUACCAAAGGAGGAGAGAAUUGAGAAAUUAAUGGAAGGUGCUAUGAAUGUGGCUGUGGAGAGGCUUCAGAAGACCCUUGUCACUCUGCCAGGUGCAGAUUUAGAAAUGUUCCAAACACAAGUGGAGUCCUUAAAGAAAGAGUGGUCUCGAGUCGCAAACGAAAUACGUGAUGAAAGGAAGUUGGAAGAAGAAAAAGAAAAAAAUACCAAAAGAGACCCUAAUAUUGAGAGAGCCUUGGAGCUGUCCAGGAGUGCCAUCCGCAGGUUGGAGACUGAGAGUGCAUUGUGGGACUCUCUGCUUGAAAAGCAUCAGUCAAAAGCUGAGGAGCUGGCCAAGCUUAUAGAGAAGGGAGAGCGUUUGCCUUUAGACCCCAGCUGCAUGGCCCAUUCCUCACAAAGUGAACUGAUCCACAGUAAACCGAACUACCGCAACAUACUCUCCAGACAGCAACAGCGCCUCUACACAGUGGAACUGGUGCUGGACGCCCAGUGCAAACUGUUCAAGGAGCUGCUGUCUUUCCAGGAGCAGUGUGAACUACUGGUAAAGGAGAUAAGCACUAAACUUGCUGACGAGGCUGGAUUACAGGAUCUUCCUUGUCCUGUCAGAAGCCUUCUUAUAGGACCUGUGGCCGGCACAUCAUCUUAACGUUUGACUCGGAACACAGAACAGGAAUACCUAUCAGUUUAUGUGUGCUCAGUUAACAUGGAGUUAUGUAUUUAUGUAUAUAUGAACAAAAAGCCUGGGCACUGUGUAAAUCUCCAUGGGGAUACUUCAGGUGUCUCAUGUUCAUCUGAAAUUAUCACUUUCAAAUGUCUUAAUGUCAGUGACCUUGUUUGAAAUAUGUCUACACUAUUUUAUGUAUGCAGGUUUAUAAAGAAAAGGUUUGUGCUGGCUUGACAGAAGUAAACUGUCAUUGCAUUUGGCAACAUUGUUAAUGUCUCUAAAACUGUCAAGACUAUGAAACGGUAGUAAAAUAUCAAUCAACGUCCACUAGAUGGCACUACAGUCUUGUGUUUCCUAAUGUUCACACAGGUGCUUGCAUAUUUUGUAAACCCUUCAUUGUAUGUGUGAAGUACUUGUUUUUCUUACAAAACCACAUUACUCCAAGAAAUUUCUCACUUAUUCAGAAAAUAUUAAAAGUGAGAAGAUGGAGAGUUUUCUAAAAAAAUGAAUAUCAUGGGACCUCUAAGAAUUUUUCAAGAGACCUUUUAAAGUUGUUGCAUUUUUGAAUGCAUGGUGUUCGGGAACAAGGUGUGAACUUAGUGUCAAAAGCUGACCUAAUAUGUUCUACAGCCAAUAUAUUGUCAUGUUGUCGACUGGACUCCAGAGCCCCCUGUUCAGUGAACACUGGGCGUCCUUUUCUAGCUCUGCAUCCUACACACCCACCCACCCUUGUGUUUCCCCUGACCAUUCACAGGAGCUUGCCCCUCCCCCACUGCCUCUUCCCCUCUCUCCUCUCCUCUUCCCUGGAUUGCUGGGGCACCGAGGCAGAACGAAGCUCUGACAUUGUGCCAGUGAUUCACAUUCAUUCAUUCUCUCUCUCUCGCUUGCCCUCUCUCUCUGAUCUACUCCUCAUCCUGUGGUACCACUCUCUGUUUCACCCUGCUGCUAUAUCCAAUCACCUCAUAUCUCUGUGUCUCAGAGAUGCACUGGUUUAUAUUUGUGUGUAUGUGUCUGCAGGUUCCUCUGAAAAACACUGGUAUUUGCAUGCAGAUAUGAUACCAGCAAUUACGCAACGAAAGGCCAAGGAACGCAUCUCUUACGGAUAAGUGGGAUGGGGGGGGCGGUAUUCCUUGAAAUCAGGAAUGUUUUCUAGGAAUUCUGUCUCAAUCAUUUUGUCAUGAUUUACCUUUAUGCAUCAGUCAAUUAAAUGCUGUGGCUAUAUUUUGUAUGGAGAGAAUUCGAGCACGGUGGGAAUGAGAUUGAGGUGUGGGAGAAAAGUGGGGUUAAGUCCUUAGCAAUAGAGGCUCUGGGGGUGGUGCAAGGCAAGAGGGAUCGAUUCUUAUUUAGAUGAAAAUGAGGCAGAGCUUGUGGGCUGAGAAAAUGCAUCUGCCUUAAAAAACCCAGAAUGGGUUUGCAUUCAGACACUGAAAGGAAAACGUGUUGGUUAAAACGUGUUGUUUGCCAUGAUAUGAUUAUUUCUAAAUAUAAACAUGACCAUACAUUCUUUUUAGGCACAAAUGUAAUUAUUAUUUAUUGCUAAAUUGAAAUACGAUAUUAAACUUAGGUGGUUAAGCACCUAUCUUG